CAGAAACACACAAAAUCCCGACUCAGCAAGAUUUUGGUAAAACUAAAAGCUUAUCUUAUUAUCACUUACCAUCUCACUGCCCCCAUCCCCACUUCUGCUAAUUAGGUAAUUCACAAUCACCCUGUUUCCGAUUUCCCUGUUUGUUAUAUUCUUUAAUCUUAUCAAACCACCACCUUUUUGUUUUUUUCUUUUUCUGUUCCAUUCCCUGCCAAAAAUAAUUGAAUUUCAGACCAACCAAACACCAAAACUAAAGUUCCCUUCUUUUAACCUUAACAACACCCACACUACCCAGUUUCUGUCUUUACAACAUAAGUACCUUGCCUUGCUAUCGAAGCCAGACACUUUUCUUUUUGUUUCUUCAAGGGUUUUGAGAGGGAUUAACGAUGAGGGCAAUAAAGGCAGCGGCUGGUGAUGCGGUGUUAACGUUUAUGUGGGUUUUCUGUUCAUCGUUGUUUGGGUUUUUUACUACCCUUAUAGCUACUGCACUCGGUGUGCAACACCAUGUUUGGGCUACCCUUUUUAUCACUACAGUUCUUGUUUUCGUGUUUGUUUUCUUGUUUGGUUUGAUCGCUGAGUUUCUGGGUGGCGCUAGUUUUAAUCCUACUGGUACUGCUUCUUUUUAUGCUGCUGGUGCCACUGCUGAUAAUCUUUUCUCUAUGGCUCUUAGAUUCCCUGCUCAGGCAGCAGGUGCUGUGGGCGGUGCAUUGGCGAUCCUGGAGGUGAUGCCUCUGCAGUAUAAGCACAUGCUUGGAGGCCCAGCUUUGAAAGUUGAUUUACAUACAGGAGCAAUUGCUGAGGGGGUGCUGACCUUUUUGAUUAGCUUUGCUGUUCUUGUGAUUAUCCUUAGAGGUCCUCGGAACUUGUUCGUGCAGAAUUGGUUGAUUGCUGUUGUGACUGUAGCAUUGGUUGUCACAGGUUCUAAAUACACCGGUCCUUCCAUGAAUCCGGCUAAUGCUUUCGGGUGGGCAUACAUAAACAAAUGGCACAACACAUGGGAACAAUUUUAUGUCUACUGGAUUUCCCCCUUCAUAGGGGCAACAUUGGCUGCUUGGAUCUUCCGCUUGAUCUUCCCCCCACCGGCACCAAAACAGAAGAAAGCCUGAAAGUGCAAAAUUAGCUUCAUGUCAAUCACAGUAGUAGAUAAGCUAGAUGUUCAACUGUAAUAAAGAAACUCUUUUUAGUUAUUCCAUUAUCUUCAUUGACGAUCUUCCUUGCAUGUUAUCCAUGUGAUAUGCUUCUUGAGAAACAGGCACAACUUUUUGCAUAUGCAACUAGAUCAGAUGAUUAAUUUGUGCUGGAAGGCACAACUUUUUAUUA